GUGAGUGGAUCACGAAGUCGACACGUCGAAGCAAGAGUACAUAAGUACUCUUGGUCGAAGGAGAACUGAUUCAAGAAAGGAGCAAGAUUUGUUGGCCAGACAUCUUAGAUCAGAAGGGCUUGUGCAAAUCGCGUCCCAUAGGCAUAGGCCAUACUGUGGUCAGCCCUGCAGACCUGUUGCCACUGGUUGUUGUGAAGGAGACGACUACAUUGCAUAAUGUAGUUUGUAUCACUACCACUGGCACUGACUCUGUAAUUUCGACCCCAGCCAUUUUCCAACACUCAGCAGUUUAUACAAUCAUACAUGUUCGGUGCCCAAACCCGUACAUACCGCGUGUACGUGUACCCACCGUUCAGUUCAUGUUCACCUCAUGCUCGACUCGUCAUAGCUCAAUCUGGUUUUCGUAAUUCGACCCAGAGCAACUACUGUACUCAGCAAGCAAAGUUGUGUCGUCACGUUAGUUGACAGCAAAGACAGGUAGACUUGUGGAGGAAACAGAAGUCUGAACCCAGUAGAAAUAGUUGUUUGCGGUUGUCUUUGUCAGCACCCCUUGCUUACGCAUUCUCCUCCUAUCUUGUUUGAUGGAUCAUACCUAUGGCUGCUGUCCUCCCACAAGGGGUGUCGAGUCGACUUGAUUCACAGCAGUUGCUACGGGGAAGGAAAUCCUCCAAGUUCAAUUCUCUCAACUUGGACAUACAGGUAGUGAGCAGCGAAUUGCAUUCUCGCCUUGUGGAAGCCGGACUCAUCAGGGACAGACGUGCGCGACUGAGGACAAUCAGCAAAUGUUUUUUAGCUAGCGAGGUGAUUGACUUUUUCCUUGACAAUGCGGAGAUUCACAGUCGAAACGAUGCUGCCGGAAUCUUCAGCUAUUUAGUUUUCAAGGGCUUGGUACAUCACGUCACGGAUGAGCUGUCAACUUUCGAGGAUGGCAACUUCUACUACCGAUUUCGUGUGGAUGAUGAGAGCAGGAAGCGUCGAACAACAGCAGCCACAUUUCUCAGCUAUCGUGGCUCCUUCUCUGGAAGUCCUAGCAGCCAGUCAUCAAGAAGAUAUUCUUAUGCAGCUGGUACAACUGUUGAGUCCAUGAAGAAAUCCACCGACUCCGGUGCCGGCACGACUUCAAACUUGGUAGCAACAAAGAACGGGAUUGGUCUUGACCCGGCGCUAGCAUCGGAUCAUCAAGAGAAAGGUGGCUUGGCGCUGUCUACGUUGUCCAGGACGCGCACGUCCUUCAUGAAACGCCGCUCAUACCCGUCACCUGCUUCGCCAGUAACGCUUAAUGUCGCACCCGGGUCCUCUCAGAACGCCUCCGCCGUGUCGUAUCAAAACAAAGGCAUGUGCUCCCGUGCCUCUGCCCAGUCUUCGUUUGAUGAGCUGUUUGUCAACCCUGACGUCGAGGACCGUGAUGACAACGAGGCCUAUUUUGGCGGCGGCGAAGUGAGCAAAUCUGCAUCGGACGUGUCCAACAAGUCUCGCCUGUCUGUCCUGUCUUCGACAUCCGACUGCUCGCUGCAGACUGUGUCGGCGCGGGAAGAUGCUGUGAAGGUAGCCGGCGUGCUGCGUAUGGCAAUGUUAUCGGCAGGACUGAUCAAGGACCACCGCUUUCACUUCACCAGUUACCGACACUCGUUCUUCUCGCUGGAAGCGCUGCAGUUUACUGAGACAAGCGGCUUUGUGGAGAGUCGCUCUGCAGCACUGUGCCUGAUGCAGGGACUUGAGACAAUGGGAUUCAUUCACCAUGUGACAGACAGUUUCAUGUUCACUGAUGCCAACCAUUUGUUUAGAUUCCGACUGGACGACGGCACCGACUUCCCGGAGAUGAGCCAUGAUGUCCUACUACUGGGUGAGAACGUCUACCAGGAGGCGCACCAUGCCAACCCGCCAGCUGUGCGUGACCGCACGUACAAGGGAAAGAUCUACUCACAGUGUUUCAUUGCCAGUGAGCUGCUGGAUCUGCUAAUGACCUGGGAGUUCUUCUCCAAUCGCAAAGAAGCACUCAAUUUCUGUAAACAGCUAGUGACGGCAGGCAUGGUACACCAUGUGUGCUACGAUCACCACUUCAAGGACGACUUUCUCUUCUUCCGUUUCACAGAUGAUGAUCCGGUUAACGAAAGCCAGUCAAUCUCAUUGCGUUCCAAGCUUCUGCAUGUGCGUGUUCGGCGCUUGAACAAACUCCGGCGGAACUCUGAGAACUAUGCAGCAAGUCGAAGCCCGUUGAGUGCACGGGCUUCGCCUCUGCGCACAUCGUCUGAGUUAGAGCAAUCCAGUGGCGCCUCGCAUACCCCCGUCUCUGAUUCCUUUGCAGAAAGUUCCCCAGGGCGCCGUUGUUCACAACUCUCAGUUGCAGCUUUGGCAGCAGCAAGCUCACCAGUAUCGUCACCACUGCUUAAAAGUCGCCCACCCCUGCGUCCUCCUCAAGAGCUACCUUCCUUAGGCAGAGAUUCCAACAGUGGCUCCAGCAGUGAUUCUUUGGUAGAGUCAGAUGAUGACGAUGAUGAUGAUAAUGGGAAUCAUGGCUUUACACCUAUCACACGAAGGCGCAGCCAGACAGUCACCAAUGAAGUAACUUAUGCCAGGAAAAAGAAUUUAAGCCUGGCCUCGACUUCCGGCAAGUACACUGCCCUGGGCUCAAGCCGAUACAUCACCCCGCACGGAAGCAGCAUCGUAGUGGAUGCGCGCGGUGUGGCCACAGUGUCAGCUAGUGAAGAGUCUCUGGCAGAGAGCAGCCAGAGCAGCCCGCCUCCGCCAGAGCGCGGUGGUGGCUAUGACUCAGCUCCCGAAAACCAGCAUCAGACCUGUACUUGUGCUCUUUCAGACUCGGGACUUUCCCAUCGGCCCCAGUCACCACCCACCCGGCGGAGAUCAUCAUCUCUCGGGGCAGCUGUGGAAGAUGGCACGUUUGUGUAGCCCAGUGGCAGACUAUACUGCGACAGUGAUCAUGUCGCUUCAUUCCUUGGCGCUGACCAAACAGUUCCCAAUCAGUAUGUGCACGCACUCGACUCAGUGCUGAAGUGUGUGGUAUGUGUGCACGCGAACCGGCCAGCUCGACCGGUUUUAGAUGCCAUACCAUUGUAGCUAGUUUUCACCCCGUUUGCUUACUGGCAAAGUCCAAGUCUCUGUGGGCAUCUGCCAAUGUCUUUUUCAAUAUUCCGUAUUGGCCGUCUAUUAACCCUGUACCAUAUCAUUGCUCUUUCAAGCAACCCUCUUCUCUCACCUGCUCUCCCAUCCCAUCCCCACCGCUCAUGUACCCAUACCCGGCAGUUCUCCUCAGUCAUUGCAACAGGCAUGCGUGCGCUCUCUGCAGUGUGAAGUCGGCUUUGGAUGUGAUUGUUUGGCGGUGUAGUGAAUACGAACACCAGCAGUCAAGCACAACACACAUGUGGAUGUCCUAGGCUGGACCCUACCAGCUUUAAAAAUAUUGUCAAGGGGAAAUUAAUAAUCCAGUCGCCUGUAAACCUUUCUGUCCCGUCCGAAUGUCCAUUUUCCUAUCCACUCUAGCUGCAGAACUUACUUUCUAUGUGAUCGGCGUGCGCCUCACCUGAAUUUUCAAAUCUGAUGUUUUGUAUUUUGCUACUUGCUGUGUAUGGGCUGCUCUAUAAGAUUUGCUGACUUUUCAUAAGCCGUCAAGUGAUAGAUUUUUUUUCUUCUGGGCUUUUUCUAGCUCUUUUUAAAACUUCAUCUUAUUUAUACGUCAUGCUAUUUAAAACCUAAAACAAAAUGCCUCUAGCCCCGGGCGACAUUUCGCCAAUGUACUUGCAGUUGUACAUGUACUCUGGUCACUGCUACGUGCAUGUAUCCUGCCCUCUUUUCAGAUAUAAUUAUGUUUGCGGAAACAUAGUGCCGUUCGGUCGCUAUGAUUAGUACGGUCUUUGCUUCUUUUUGCAUGACUGUUGCUAGCAGUGUACGCUUUUCAGUUUUGUA